AUGUACGACUUCCUGUAUGAUCUUCCUCACUCUCGCUUUGCUAUCAAUGCUCUAUGCUUUUCGCAGGAUGGCUGUGUACUUGCUAGUGGUGAUGAUGAUGGAUAUAUCCGGCUCUUUGAUUUUCCACUAGGAAAGGAAUUGUGUAGGCUGAGGGUUGCUACUGCUGUAACAUCACUUCUAUGGCAUCCAAACAAACCUGAUGUUAUUCUUAUUGAUGAUGCAAGAGGCAUUGUCACUGUUAUGAACCUUCAUGCAGAAGCUCAAGGUUUUUCUCUUCGCACUGGGGUUAAUGCUCCAGUAGAUACAUUGGCCUAUGACGCCUGCAAUGAGUGUCUUGCUGUAGGAGUUGGUACUGAUAUUGUCCUAUUUAAUCAUCCUGAAGACCCUUGGACAUUUGGUUCAAACAUUCCGCCACCACCUAUGGCAAGCAUGGAUGAUAACAGGCUCCUACUACCCUUACCCCGUGCUCUGAAAUUCAGUGACAAUGGAUGUUCUCUCAUUGCAGUAUAUUUUCAACAUGGUAUUGUCUCCUGGCAGAUAAAGUCGCUUCAACCAGAAUGGACCAUAUGGCCAAAAAGCACACAUGUUGGAGGGGCCUGUUUCUCAGCCGAUGGAAAAACCGUCAUUGUGUCAAAUUUUUCUGAUGGCUUCGAUUGUUACAAUAUCAGCAAUGGCAAGCACUUGGCCAACCUCCCAACCCCAAUCAUUCACAAUGUCCCGCUACCAUCACUAUUCAUUGAAGGAAACAUGAAUACCAUCCUUCAGGUACUAAGACAUAGUGGUAUGAACCUUGAGAUUGAUAGUACACCAACUGAUUUUGAUGCACCCCCUAGAACACGACAUGAUUCAGGCAUUGAGAAGGCAUAUUGUGAAAACAAGGCAAAAUUCAUCGCAACAGCCUCGUCCGAGGCUGAUUCAGACAAUUAUAUUCAGAUCUGGAGGACAAGUGUCCUUACAUCAGUGGCUUGA